GGGGGCUAGCUGAGGUAUUGGGGCGCCGGAUGGAGCAAGGGGUGCUUACGGGAAUUGGAGGGGACGCGGUGUCUUAUCCACCCCCGGAUUUCUGGGCUCCGGCUCACGAGUCCCUCCAGUCCCGAGGGACUGAGGACGAUGUGCGUCUGAGCCGUCCCCUCCACUUGCCCCCCAUCCCCCCGGGCAGCCGCCGCGUCCCCUUUAAAUGCCCGGGAGCCGGAGCCGGAGCCGGAGCCGCGGCCGGCGCUGCGGCUGCUGCAGCAGCGGAGCCCACCGCAGUCCCCACACGUCACAAGCGACUGUCCAAUCACAGAGGCGUCGGCGCACAUCAAAGGGGCGGGCCGCCCGAGGCCACGCCUCCCUCCUCCCCCGGAGGCACCCGGAGCGCCAGCCAAGAGUCUGUGUCUCCCCAACCCUAAUCUCCUCCUUUUGGCCCUCCCAGCCUGCUAGUGAGGAGAAGGAGAAGAUUGUGUUUAGAGAGGAAAGACGUGAAACUGGUAUUUACUGAGAACAUAUGAUGAAUUGGGCAUUCGGGUUAGGUCGCUGCGUUUAUGGCCGAAUGUUCACAACACUCGAUAAAUUAUUUGCCUAGCCGUUCAAACCUGGACACACCUGACUCCAAUGGGUCACAAAGAGGUAUGUAGGUGGGGAGAAUGCACUUUGGAAGGCCAAGGUGGGAGGGUCGCUUGAGCCUCGGAGUUCGAGACCAGCCUGGACAACAUAGGGAGACCCC